CUCCUUUCUAAACCUAAUAUCUUAUACUCUUCUCAAUCUGAAUCUUCAUCAUCUCUCUAUCUCUUCUGCUGCAUGAUACCGAAACCCUCAAACCUAAACCAGUGAAAUGCAAACUUCUUAAAGGACAAAGAGGUUGGAUCAGACUUGGCGGUGUGAUCUGCCAAACAUGUCAGAAGACGAACACGAGAUUUAUAAUGAAAAAAAUAAGUGUGAUGAGGAAACUUCGCUGGGCUCUUCUUCCCACAAGUGUUCAUCGUUCGACUUGAAUGAGGAAGCUACCAGUGAAGAAGAGGAAGAACAAGAGGAGGAGGAGGAGGAGGAGGAAGAGGAGGAGGAGAAGGAUCGCAGAGAUUUAGAAGCAGAAGAAGAGAACGAGAAAAUGAAGGAACAUGAAGGUACUUCAUCAUCAAACAGAAGCACAUCAAGAGAACGAAAUGAAGGAAAAGGCACAGUGAGACAAUAUGUCAGAUCCAAGAUGCCUAGGCUUCGCUGGACUCCAGAUCUUCAUCUUUCUUUUGUUCAUGCUGUUAAACGCCUUGGUGGUCAAGAGAGAGCAACACCCAAGUUGGUGCUUCAGCUAAUGAAUGUGAGGGGACUCAGCAUUGCUCAUGUGAAGAGUCACUUGCAGAUGUAUCGGAGUAAAAAACUUGAUGAGGCUGGCCAAGUUAUAAGUCAAACGUACAGAUCGCAAGGUGGUCGUAUGUCUCAGUUAUCGUAUCAAUCAGUGAACACAAGGCAACAAUUGAAGAUGGGAAAUGGUGGAAUUAUUCUAACUACCAAUUCCAACGACCAUGCUGGCUUUGUUCAUCAUCAUCCUCUCUCCAAGCCUUCUUUUACUCUUUCGCACUCCCAUACAAUGGCCACUGAUUCCAGGCACCAACAAUGGCACUUCAAUAACCAGUGGUAUAGAAGGCAAAGUUGCGUGACAAACAACGAAGUGAUGAUGAUGAUGCCCUCAACGACAGACCGAAUUGCACCCAUGAGACCCAGCCAAUUUCUGGAAGAGAAAAGGUGGCCUCCAUUAGAAAUUACUAGUAAUAACAGCAACAACAAUAAUAAUCAGCAUUAUUAUUGGAAGUUCAAGAAAAUGCCUCCGACCAGUAAUAUUAUUAACACUUGGGCAGAUACUAAUAUUAGUAUUAAUGAUUCACAAUCUGGAUUUCACCAACUUGGCACUACGCAUGAGCCACCUGAUCAAUGGAGUUUUGGAAAUUUCAAGAGCAAUACCAGCAACAGUUCUCAGAGUUUGAAGCUAGAAUUUGAGCCCCCAUUUCGGAUUAAGUUAAAUGAAGAGAAAGUAGAGAAAGAAAAGCAAUCGUUGCCUGAUCUGCAACUGGGAUUGAAUUAUCAGAAUGCUGAUCGUUGCAAGGAGACCCAAGAAAUUAACACUAAGCUUUCCCUUUCUUAAUAUAUAUAUAUAUAUAUAUAUAUAUAUGAUGGUGAUGAUGGUGAUGAAUAGUGCAAAUACAACAAUGAACUAAGAGAUCAUCUUUCACAGACAAAAUAUACAGGUACACAUGGAGUCACAAGACCUGAUUUUGUGGGCUGAUAACUAGUGUAUAUCCAUUUUUUUUUCUCUUAUUUGAAAUAGGAUUUGGCCUUAAAGUCAAAUCUAUGUGAUUGAAAAUAUUAGUGAGUUCCCAUCAGCUCUUUUUCCUCGUGCGAGAAUGUUCUCAUAUGGGUGAGGUGA